AUGCGACGAUUCGACGCCGAUAAAGAGAAUCGUGUGGUGCCCACGACCUCGAUCCAUUCGAAACGUACACUGCUAUCAACAUCUCGUCAGUUAAAACCCGGGACCUCCACCGUUUCUGGUGCCAUGAAGCACCAAAUGAACGACUCUCGAUAUCCUCGUAAAGCGGGCGGAGAACGAUCGACUGCGUCUCGACGGCCGUAUAAUGAUGCAUCAUCGUCUCAAUUAAGCUCUUACCUUCACGAUAAAAGCUCAAGUUAUUACAAAGCCGUCACUACGUCGACCAAAAGCUCUGGACCUUUGACGAAAUCUUCAACUCUAUCAGGUCGAACAGCUGAUACAAAAAUCGACACGAAGACGACCGAGACGUUAUCAUUAUCAUCAUCAUCUUCAUCCUCAUCGUCUAGUAAAAAGACGUGGAAAUUGAGUGACUUUGAUAUUGGUAAACCAUUGGGCAAAGGCAAGUUUGGGAACGUUUACUUAGCUCGUGAAAAACAAUCCAAGUACGUCGUUGCACUGAAAGUACUGAACAAACAACAGCUUAUGAAGUCCAGUAUGGAACAUCAGCUUCGUCGUGAGAUUGAAAUCCAGUCGCAUUUGCGUCACAAAUCCAUCUUGAGACUAUAUGGCUACUUUUACGACAGCAAAAGGGUCUAUCUCAUUAUUGAGUAUGCGCCGCAGGGAGAGCUUUACAAGAAACUCACGCGAGCGGGGCGUUUUUCCGAGAAACAGUCAGCGUUGUACAUUCAAGAGAUGGCACGUGCUCUCAUGUACAUGCACAGUAAGCACGUGAUCCAUCGUGAUAUCAAGCCGGAAAAUCUGCUCGUCGGCUUUAAUGGCGAGCUUAAGAUUGCAGAUUUUGGGUGGUCCGUACACGCACCGUCUUCAAGACGGACGACGCUUUGUGGUACUCUGGAUUACCUUCCACCUGAGAUGAUUGAAAACAAACCCCACGACGAGAACGUGGACGUUUGGACACUUGGUGUCCUCAUGUAUGAAUUUCUAACAGGUGCACCUCCGUUCGAGACUGAAAACACCAAGGAGACGUACCGCCGCAUUGCACAUGUAGAUCUCAAAUUUCCAAGCUACAUGACUUCCGAUGCUCGAGAUCUAUUGGUAAAGAUUCUACGACACGACCCACAGCAGCGUAUGCCGCUAGAGCGUAUACUAGAGCAUCCAUGGAUCGUGCAGCAUUGCAAAAAGUCCAGCGCCUAG